AUCGUGCCUUGUUGUGAGCGCCCACCCCCCCGCUCCGCGCCGCACUGGUUCCGUCUGGCUCGCCCUCAGCUGCUGCUGCGUGUCCCGGGAUGACCUGUUGAUGUCGGCGGAAUGGAGAGUGGCAGGGGGAGCGAUUUCCCCCAUCACCAAAAUAUUUAAAUAAAAGCAACCUUCUCUUGGCUCGACUGCCGGCACCACACCUGGACUCGCCUCGUCCGCACAGGCAAUAGUUUCCGCUUCAGAGGUGUGCCGUAGGCGCACCAUGGCCCAGUCCCUCCAGAUGGCGAUCCCAAACUUCGGCAACAACGUUCUAGAAUGUCUGAACGAGCAGCGGCUGCAGGGGCUCUACUGUGACGUCUCUGUGGUGGUCAAAGGUCAUUCCUUUAAGGCCCAUCGAGCCGUGCUGGCUGCUAGCAGCUCUUAUUUCCGGGACCUUUUCAGCAACAGCGGCAGCGGCGGAGGAUGUAACGGCACAGAGACAAGUCAAACAGUAGUGGAGCUUCCUCCUGCUGUGCAGCCUCAGAGCUUCCAACAGAUUCUGACCUUCUGCUACACGGGUCGCCUCAGCAUGACUGUCGGGGACCAGUUUCUGCUCAUGUACACCGCCGGCUUCCUGCAGAUCCAGCAGAUCAUGGAGAAAGGCACUGAGUUUUUCCUCAAGGUCUCCUCUCCCAGCUGCGACUCUCAGGGUCUGCAUGUAGAGGAAGCCCCACCGUCUGAACCCCAGAGCCCCGUAACACAAACCAGCAAUGGUGCGGCCCGUCCUGCCUCUUCUGUAACUCCACUACCCCUUGUGUCGCGCGUGAAAACGGAACAACCAGCCAGUCAACCGGAAGCAGCCACUCCGUACUCUGUGGUCUGCACUCCUGUGGCCAAGCGACUGUGGGAAGGAGGCAGCAACCGAGACGGGAGUGGCUCAGGUUCUGGAGGGGGAGGUGGUGCCAGAAAAGCAGCGCGUUACUCCCAAGAUGCGGUGCGAAGCAGUGCUAUCCAGAGCCCUGGAGCACUGGGACUGGCGAUGGGAAUGGGGGCUUCGGCAACAAGUUUGGCUGGCAUGGCCGGCACCGGUGGAGCUAGUGGUACCAACGGGAGCGCAGCCGCAGGCCCCGGCAUGUCCGAGGGGGCGAGCCCUGGAACCUUAAGCACCUACGCUAGUGAUUCACCCAUCAGUUACCAUGACGAAGAGGAGGAAGAGGAGGCCACCGAAGAAUGUGCUGAAGAGCAGUAUCGUCAAAUCUGCAACAUGUACACCAUGUACAGCAUGCUGAACAUGGGAGCUGCAGGUAAUGGACAUGAGACGUGGUCCAAGGCUGCAGGCGAGCGGGUGGAGGCGCUGCCCGACCACACAGAGACACGGGGACGGAUGAGAGGACGAGAUCUCACGUGUCUCCCAGCAGAGCUCAUUGCUCAAAUUGGAAACCGCUGUCACCCCAAACUGUACGAGGAGGGGGACCCCGCUGAGAAACUAGAGUUGGUCUCUGGUACUUGUGUGUACAUAUCUCGAGCUCAACUGAUGAACUGUCACGUAAGCGCUGGGACCAGACACAAGGUUCUGCUGAGGAGGCUGCUGGCCGCCUUCUUCGACAGGAACACGCUGGCCAACAGCUGUGGGACAGGAAUCCGCUCAUCCACCAACGACCCCAGCCGAAAACCGCUGGACAACAGAGUCCUCCAUGCAGUCAAAUUUUAUUGCCAGAACUUUGCCACCAGCUUCAAAGAGAGCGAGAUGAACGCCAUCGCAGCCGACAUGUGUACCAACGCCCGACGCGUGGUCCGGAAGAGCUGGAUCCCUAAAUUAAAGCUGCUGAUGGCUGAGAGCGACGCUUACUCCGCGUUCCUCUCUGAUGGCGUGAAGAACGAGGACGACACCAUCGGCGCUGACCAGGCCUUCGACCCCUCCUCUCUAGAGGCGGCCGGCGGUGCCGGCAUGGAGUCUGGCGCCUCCUCGGGAGAAUCACUACAAGGUGUGGGCAGCGACGUAGGACCAUUGUUUUGAGUGUUGGUGAAGACAAACCAAUUUCUUCCCCAGUUCUGCUUGCCUCUUCUCACUUUGGCCCACGCUGAUAUCUCACCUCUGACUGUCUGUUCUACACUGAAAGGUCUGCUGACCCGAUAUAACCUGGACAUUUUUGCUUUGUGACUGUAUGAUGGUGGUAGAAGAGGAAAGGGAGAGAGUCAAGAGGAGUUUUGCUGCCUCUCCUUGUCCUUUUAAGGUGUAUACAUGCAUCCACUUGUGCAUCUUUGAUACAUUCCCAGAGAGUCACGCUGUGAGGGAUCGAGUCUGAGGAGAAACAAGCUGCUUGGACAUGGUAUUGAAUGUAAUACUACUCGUACUACACACUACUAAGGUUUCAUUUUUGUGUUCUCAGCUCGAUACAUAUGCACCUUGAUUGACAAGAUAAUCUAUCGCUUAGUUUAGAGGUGAAAAUAAUUAGUGUAACUUAUUUUUUUUUUUUUUACUUAAAUUUGUUUAUUUUUAAGACUGAGUAGUUGUAAAGGAGACGAGACUCAGACUAUCAACGUUGACUUGAGCAAUAAUUGAAACCAAACUUUUAAACCUUAGCUGUUAUCUAAGUGCUGUGUUUGCUUUAUCCAAAACUAGAUGUAGAUCACAUUCCAGUUAUGCUGACCAGAGGAACAUGUCCAUCACCCGUCCACUGGAUCGCAGGUUAACUUCACAUUACACAGCAUUUUCACUACGGAACAGAUUCUGGCCACUUUCCUCCCAUACAGCACGGAGACAGUGAUGCAUGGUCAAACCUGUAUCUGCAGACAUUUGGCAUGCAACAUUAAUAAGUUUGGAAUCCAUGCUGACAUGGCACAAAUGGUCGUGGGAAAUGACAUUAAGAGAUGCUGAUGAACCGGCGGGAGGUUGAAUGAAACCAUAGUAGUGUGGACGUAGCAUGUCAGUGGCAUCUUCACUGUGCAAAACUAAAAUAUUCCAGAUUGAUAGAGUAUUUAAAACUGUUCUUCCACCCCUGCAUCUUCACCUGCAACUAUUUGUCACCUCACGCUUUUCGUGUUUUGCUGACUGGCGUCUUAUCUAAUAAUAGUUCAUCCUUUGUUUUUUUUUUUGUUUUUUUUUGCACGACAUGAUCCAGUUUCAAAAGGCGGAAGCUUUUUACCAGAAAGCUCAUUCAAGCUGGUCGUAUUUUUAGAAGAGAAACUAUAUUUGUACUCGUGAGCACAGAGAGGGACGGUCAUUGAGAGAAGUCUGUUAGAAGUGUUAUUUUUACAUGAAAGCAGAAUUAAUGGCAGGACUCUGUGUUUUUGUUGUUUUUUAUUUUGUUUUGUUUUUUUCCUGAGAGAUGGAACGAGCAGUUGAACUGCUAAACUCGACAUGUUUUGGCUUCCUGUCAUGGUUCAAUAGAACAUCAAGACUGAAUAAGCUGGCUUGACUGUUGUCCAUAACUAGUGUUUGUCUUUCAGGCCGUCGACAUGCUUCAUUAGAAAAUUACGUGGCUUUGAGUUCACCACAAAAAUGAUGCGUAGCGGCAUAAAGAUGUGUAGAACUGAGAAGCUGAAAAAAAAACUGUUGUUUUUUUUGAGACUAUUGGAAUGUGCCUUUUAAUUGAAAUCACGGGUCAGAGAAGUUAAGAGGCAAUACUGCUUUAAGAUUUUAUGGUACUACAUGUGUAUGUGUGUGUUUGCUAGAAAGAGAGGAUGUGUUGUAUACACGCAUAAUUAGAUCAUGUUUUGAUGUGUUUUCAUUUUGUAAAGUCCCUUUUUUAGUACGAAAAUAGAAAUGUCUUAGUAUAGUUUGCACCUUCUGUCAGCUGUGGAGUGGAGCUUUGAGCACCUUAAUGAGAAGAACCAGCGGUUCAUGCACCUUUUGACAAGUGUUGUGUAGCGAUGACAUUUUGGCCAGAAAUAUUCUUUUAUGGGAAUUAAUCUCGAUUGGCACAAACACUAACCGCAACUACUGGAACAGACUGUUUAUGUUUUGUAUGUUAACAAGUUUUUGUGUGUGGUUCCUCUAGUCACAUGUGGAUGAAAGUUGUGCGUCAACUCACCCAACACAUUUUUUUCACAGAAAUAUCAAAUGUAUUCAUUUUUUUUCCUGCGUGCAAACAAAAGACUUCAUUUUUAAGUUGUUGGGUGGUUGGACUGAUCACUGUGGAAGGUUUUUAAGAACUCGUCUUUUGUGUGCUCAUAAGAAAGCAAUUGUUGACUGAUGUACAUUCCCCUCAAAGAUACAGAGCCUGUUAUGCAAGAUGUUAAUUUCAGGUCAUGAAUAACAGAGGUCACCAUUUCUUUUGGUGAGACUGCUAUUUCAGGAGAUAUGAAACACAACAAAAUGCAGUAUCCUAGGAGCUUUUAGUUAAUAACCUCAAAAACCUCAGAGUCAUUUGUCUGCGCGUGCCUCAUGUGCACGCAUCCCCAUUUACCUCUUUAUCACGACUGUUCUCCUUCAAUACGGAGUGUCCGCACUACAGCGUUUUCCAUUUUAAAAUGGUGGUUCUGACAAUUUUGGCCUUUUAUCGCUACUGUUCUGAAGAUUGAUGAUGUGAUUCUUCUUGGUCAAUACACACUGGACAGCAUUUGCAUUGAUGUUGUCACUAUAGCAACUGUGACACGUUACACAGUCUCCUCAGUGAAAUUCUAAAAUCAAUGUCUACUUGCUUUGGAAAAUCAAAUUCUGAAAAGGUUAAGUAGAUGACUGUCGACAGACGGUUUUCAACAGUGAACUUCACCUGGAUUUCUUCAUUUUUAAACAGAUUAUGCACAGUUCUGUCAGCAAAAUUUGAAGUGGAAUUGCAAGAGUGACAUCAUCAACAGGAAGUCUUGACGGCGAUAAAUGUGCCACAUUGAAAGAAAAUUUUAAAAUGAAAUGUAGUGUGGAUCUACCUUCGGAUUCGGGUCGAGUUUGAAUUUCAGGACUGUGAGAAAAGAGAGUGAUCAUCUCAACCUGCUUUCAUUUAACAGGAAUUCAAUUCAUUUGGUGUAAAACAAUUGACUGGUAACUAUUCAAAAUAUUUUUCCCCCUAUAUUUCAAAAUUCCUAUUCGCUAUUUUCAAAAUGGUCUUUUAAAGCCAUUCAGAGGCAUUCACACAGAAAGCUCAAACUGGUAGUCUAGGGCUUGAACCCAGAAUGCUGGUGAUGUGCUUCAACAAAAAAAUGCAUUUCAAAGUGUUCUAGUUUCACACACCACAAUAACUUGACCGACGAUAGACGAUUUACCUAUCACCCACACACACACACGUAUGCAUCAAUCUAGCUAGAGGUUUUGACUCGUUUCAUUUCUAAUUCAAGGUAAAGGUUUUUUUUUAAGGUCUAAUAAUAACCUUUCAUGAGGUUAAGAAGAGACCAGACAUGCAUAUUAAUCUGAAGGACCCUGAUUACUCACAGGUAGUCCCUGAAUGUCAACUCAAGUAAUAGCUGUGAGAUAAUGAUCGGCUCCUUAUCACAAGUUUUAGUUCAGUAUUUUAACAUAGCAUACAAGGCAGCACGAGACACGGGGGUCUUAUCAAUAGAUUUCAGGGUCAACUGAUCAAGAAUCAGAAAAUGUAAAGUUGUGAUGUGAGACUAUGCUUCCUCUACAGGAAUUGUUAGCGUGGUUGUGUUUUGUACGACUUUGUGUGUGUUGAAGAAUUCUUAGCAUCUGUGUUUACAGCUCAAUACACACUUGAAUGGAUAAGGUGUGGCACCGUACGUGGAACCUUUCCUCACAGAACAGUACAUAUAUAAAUACGAAUAUAUACAUGUAUAGAUACAUACUGUAUAUUCUAUAUAGACACACAUAGCGGUCAGACUGUUGUUGUGCACUCGCAGCAUGAGGUAUAUAUUUACCCAGAAACGGCGCUUUUCUUCACACGCUGUGCAGUAAUUGGUCCAUGUCUGCUCCUCGCCCUCUGUGAUCCCGUAGCACCAGUGAACCUCUCGAUUCCGCUCAUCUUAUUCUUUCUGUGUUCCAAGUGCCAAUAACUUUGUGAAAGCCCUGUAACUGUGACCCAACAUUAUCAAAGGUAAUUGCACAUUAACAACUGUAAUAUAAAGAGAUACAAAUCAUAGAAAAAACAACAUUGUCAAGAUGGCUUAAAUGAUAAUAAAUAUCUUAAUAAAAGA